AUGCUAUGCUUAGCUAAAAUAUUUCUGAAGAAAAUAUUAGGAAUGGAAUGGUAUAUUAUGAAAAAGCUACCAAGUUUCAAAUGGUCACAAAUUAGGGGAUGGUUCAGUUAUCCAGUAUACAAAGGAGACUAUCCACCAAUAAUGAGAGAAUGGAUGGAUAAAAAAAGUAAAGAAGAAGGUAGACCGUGGUCAAUAUUACCAACAUUUACAGAAGAUGAAAUUAAAUUAAUCAAAGGUACGGCUGAUUUUUAUGCUCUCAAUCAYUAUUCUUCUCGAUUGGUAACUCAGGAAUGUGGUGAUCCAAAUUCUUAUAAUGCUAUUGCAAAUUAUUAUACAUCUGUUGAUGAAUCAUGGCCAAAGUCAUCCCCUGCUCCAUGGCUAAUAACAGCACCUAUUGGAUUAAAAAAACUUUUGGUAUGGAUAAAAGAUGAAUAUGGUAAUCCACCUAUGUUUAUAACAGAAAAUGGAUUUGGAGAUAACGGUCAAUUAGAUGAUUUUGAUAGAAUAAGCUAUAUGAAGGGCUAUUUAAAUGCAACAUUACGAGCAAUACAUGAAAAUAACUGCAAUGUUAUAGGAUUUACUGUAUGGUCACUCUUGGAUAAUUUUGAGUGGAUGGAUGGUUAUACAAUUCAUUUUGGACUUGUUAAGGUAGAUUUUAAUGAUCCUGAAAGAACUCGUACACCAAAAGCUUCAUAUAUAUUUUUCAAGAACGUGAUAACCACUACCCGAUUAAUAACUAAUUUAACUGAUUCUUUUAGUAAAACAGUUGAAUUGUAAAGUAAACAAAAAAAACAUUCACAUUUGUUUUAUUAUCAAUAUUUAUAUUAUAAUAGUUUACAUUUAUAUCAAAUUAUAUUAUUGUUAUUAGCUUUUGAAUCAAUACUAU